GAAAAUGAAACACACACAUUGUAGUUAAGGAAAAAAAAACACUCGCCGCUCAUAGUGAUUCCCACAACCUGCUUCGCGAGCGAUUCUCAUUCCCUCAACUCGAAGUCCGAACAAACCCACUGCCGCUCCGUCGUACGGACGCGCUGCGCGCCGGAAAACGCCAACGAAAUGGCGGACUCGCCGGCGGCCGAUGUCAUCCUCCACAACGCGGUUGUCGUCACCAUGGACGGCGCGCUCCGCGUCCUCCAGGGCGGCGCGGUCGCCGUCGCCGGCGACCGCAUAGCCGCCGUCGGCCCCUCCGCCGAGGUCCUUGCCGCUUUCCCCGGCGCCGCGCAGACCCUCGACCUCGGCGGCCGCAUCGUCCUCCCAGGUUUCGUGAACACGCACGUGCACACGUCGCAGCAGCUGGCGCGGGGGAUCGCCGACGACGUCGACCUGAUGACGUGGCUUCACGGGAGGAUCUGGCCGUACGAGUCCCACAUGACGGAGGAGGACUCCUACUCAUCGACGCUCCUCUGCGGCAUCGAGCUCAUCCGCUCUGGGGUGACAUGCUUUGCCGAAGCAGGUGGACAGUUUGUUUCAGAAAUGGCACGGGCAGUGGAGUUGUUGGGCUUGCGUGCAUGUUUGACAAAAUCAACAAUGGAUUGUGGCGAGGGUUUACCUCCAAAUUGGAGUUCUUGUUCCACUGACGAUUGCAUUCAGUCGCAGAAGGAUUUAUUUGAAAAGCAUCAUAACACAGCUGAUGGGCGUAUCAGGGUAUGGUUUGGGUUGAGACAGAUCAUGAAUGCAACAGACCGUUUACUGCUUGAAACAAGAGAUGUUGCCCAGAAGCUAAAUACCGGAAUCCAUAUGCAUAUUGCAGAAAUACCAUAUGAAAAUCAACUUAUAGUGCAGAAUAAGGGAAUUGAUCAUGGCACAGUGACAUAUCUAGAGAAAAUUAAUUUCCUGAGGAGUAAUUUGCUGGCUGCCCACUCUGUUUGGCUGAAUGAACCUGAGAUAGGGCAUUUCUCAAAGGCUGGUGUCAAGGUUUCUCACUGCCCUGCAUCUGCAAUGCGGAUGUUGGGGUUUGCUCCAAUUAGAGAAAUGCUGGAUUCUGGUGUUUGUGUCUCUCUUGGUACAGAUGGAGCACCAAGCAAUAACAGAAUGAGCAUUGUGGAUGAGAUGUACCUAGCAUCCCUAAUUAACAAAGGCCGAGAGGCAUACAUCAGUGGUACAACGAAUCCAACUGCUCUUCCUGCUGAGACUGUACUGAAGAUGGCUACUAUUAAUGGUGCAAAAGCAGUUCUGUGGGAUAAUGAAAUAGGUUCACUGGAGGUUGGAAAAAAGGCGGACUUGGUUGUUGUGAAUCCAUUUAAAUGGUCCAUGGUCCCUUUACAUGACAGCGUUGCCAACAUUGUUUAUUGCAUGAGGACAGAGAAUAUUGAAUCUGUUAUGUGCAAUGGUCGGUGGAUUAUGAAGGAUCAUAAGAUUGUGAAUCUGAAUGAGGAGGAGGUAAUUUCUUCUGCUGUAGAAAGAGCGAAAGACCUCCUUGCGCGAGCUGGCAUUAACCUCCCCAAAAGGAUGAACUACGUGUAGUAUCCAUCUUGCCAUUUCUUCAUGCAUUGCGGCAAUGAUGCUUGAGAUGUUACAGAGCAUGCUUGCCCGGCAGCAUUUGUGCUAAUCUUCCACUUCAUUUGGUUGAUUUAGAUGCGGGUGUUGAAUGGUAUGUUUACGGGAUCCUCACCAUGACUUCGUUUUCUGACUAUCAUAUUGGAAACAAUGUGCAGUAGAAUGUCUGGCUUCUGGAAUAAAAGCAUCAUGGAAGUGUCUCAAAUUGUAUCAAUAAUUGAAUAAUCGAAUUUGUAUGAGGCAUGAUUUUCAUGGA